GAGGCAGAGUGGGGCGUUCUUCUUCAUCCCCCUUUUGGGGGCACAGGGAUCCUGUCUAUGGCGGCGCGUUCCUGCAAGAUGGUAUUGGUUCGCCGGCACUCGAGUAAUUCACGUCUACGCAUGGACUCCUGGGGCAGUCUUCCGGGGUGUUGGACCGCCUUUGCAAGCAAUUUGAAAGUGUUCACACCGAUGUUCUCGAGCUGCAGCCCUGAUCCACGAAUCCUACCUGGCUGCGGACCGUAAAUAGCUACCGGUGCUAUACUGUAGCAGGAUUCAUGAUUACCAUGCAGCCCUUGAUAGAGGAUCUGUGAUAAUCUCGAUAGGAUUGUGGGGGCUCGUCACACCCCGGACGGGGGACAGAUCUAGGAGUGGUUUUUUCUACUCGAGUACCGGUACUCGAGUAACGGACAGCAAGGGUUUUGCACCUUCUAUUGUCGGCGCCCACAGAGAUCUCCUCCGUGGCUCCCACACCCCUGCCGGGAUUUUUGAAACGGGCUCGGCCCCACAAAAUCCCUUCAAGCCCAGAAUUACUUCCCCCCCAUCCCGCCUCCCAAAAUGAGCAAUGAAUAUCGAGUCACAGAGAAGAGAGAGAGAUGGACGGAGAAUUUCGUAUCUCUGCGCGAGGGGCAAGUUACAAGUAUCAUACUAGUAAAUAUGGCACGGCACCCUGUACACUACCCGUACGGCAAACCGCGGGCCUGAACAAGGUUUGCUCGGCAGGGAGGCUUGAGCGCAUGCGUACCGAGAUCUUCCUCAAUGCAACAACGUCGGCGGCGAGAGGAGGGGAAAAUUGCGCCCUCUUACUCGUGCAAAUGCUGAGCGAGUACCGUACCCGAAAACUUAGGAUUCACCAGAUAUAUGUGAUCAAUCCGUGCGCUUCUGAGCGACCAUGCAAACUCUAAGAGUAUCUACAGUAGAUAUGUGGAGAUUAGUCUUGCCUUGGCCCUCCUCGGCGAACGGUCCCACCUUAGCUACCGGCACUGCAAAUGCUAAUCUAGAGUCCCCAAUUCUGGAUACUCUUGGAAUGGGCAAGUAGACGCUGCUGCUAUAAAUUGCAUGUAUGAGUCUCACAAUUGCGUUAACGGCAUUAAACAUCGUACGUUCCUAUGAUUGGGGGAAAAGAGGGUACGUGCGGGUACAAGGCAAAUUGGUCUCGAACCUCCACAGACCUCCGCAAAUUUGUGUUACAGUUCAUCUGUUGGUGGCACUGCGCUGCACAAAUUUGUUCUUAUCACUGGUACACUUCUGGGGUGUCACGCAAAUAUAUUGCUGAGGAAAUGCCAGCGCAGGAACUCUGGAUUAGUCGGCACAAUACGGCUGCACGGUGAUUUAAGCCGUGGUAUUGUAACUUCCACUCCGGUAUCCCACAAGUGAAAUUCACCGUGUUCGCGCCCUUGUGUGUUGUGGUACAUGUCAAGGUUUGGGUGUGAUACGAUUCUCCAAUGUUUGAAACCCAAUACGGUACUCACACGAAGCUGGAUGGAUGGAAAAUGGGCAGCAGAGCAACACAUCGAUGUGCAGCAGUGCCGGCUCCGCGCUAUGUCCCGGUGUGAUUGGAGCUUGGAUCAGGAUUUGGGGGAGGGGUACCAUAUCAUUUUAUGCGGGUCCCCGUCCUCGUUCCCUUGGCGAAACAUCGGAAAAUGUGGGGGUCAGACCUUCGACCUUGACACCCUGUUUCGAACCCCGGCUUUGAUGCGCCUGUGUUGGUGAAUGGAUGGAGGCGGGGAGGAUCAUUGAAUCACUGGUAGACUGAGGUCGGCUGGCGCAAGUGGCGGCAAUCAGCUCACCAAGCCAUACCGCAGAUAACACCUAAAGCAUCCCCUCCCGCUCAACUAGGUCGUGGACCCCAUGCAGCACCGGAUAGCACAAAGCAUCGAGCAUCCAGAACCAAAUCGUGGAAGAACUGCGACUGUUUCCAUCCCCCGAUGAUUGAUCCGAUAGCAGCCUACCGGUACAGCACCAGUUAUUUAGCGGGAAUUUAUGAGCGGCGGAAUACCUCCUCCACCUUUUGAGGGUCCCUCGGGCUCUGAAUACGCAACACCCAUAGAGGCCUUUGUCGGCAACCGCCACGAAUCCAGAUCCGGACCCGAGUUAUAUUCGGAUUCUGAAAUGAUGGUCUCUCCACCUCGAAGAAGCACGCCGAGAAGACAGGGCGUAUUCCAGAACAACCUUGCUCUACAAGCGGAGUUGGAGCAGAUUGAGGAGGGCCGAAUACACGGGCUGCACAUUUCCGACUUUCGCCGUUCGGGAGCGGAAGACGAUCUCGACUCAAAGAAUAUUGAUAUCAGAGGGCUAUUGGAUAGCCUUCGACAUAUGCGGGCCAAGAGCCAAACUCAAUAUCGAACAUUUCGGACUCGGAGACGAAAAGGAGAACUUGACAGCGAUUCCCCCGCGCCCACAACUACUACCGAAAGCAAGAGUUUGGAGGAAGGUAGAACAACAGCUGUUCUCGGAUCGUUGCGUAUCGCAAAGGCCCCGAUACGCAGGAGGGCACAUCAAGGGCUAAGGUGUCCCUCUAACAGAAAAGGUGGCCGGGAGUCGAGAUAUGACGAUGAUUCUUCCAGCGCGGUAGACUUCUCCAGAGGCCGAGAACAUACCCCCUCAGGAGACGCCUCGACUCGCGACACCUGAUUCUCCUUUCCUCUCUUUAUUUUUUCCUUCCUCAUUGUAAAUAGGAAACUUUAGACACUAACCACGACCAGCUCCUUUUUGUUUGUUUUUUCUUCCAUCAGCGGUAACAAGGGUUUCAUGGCAGGGCGUACUGCGGCAUUUGGGUCCCGUUCAUUUUUUCCUUCUUUUCUUCCUUUCCAUAACAAUAAGUAGGUGUAGAGCAGUGUGUGUGGAUGCAAUACUGUACAGCACUGCGAUAAUCAAUCUUGCGAAACCUAU